GCGCUCGCUCACUCCAGCUGCAGCCACUCUUGCCCGUGGCUGCUUCCUCCAUCCUGGUAUUUUUUGGAGCCUCCAUCCUGGUUCUUCCAAAGUGCCCGGACCCAAAACAGGAAAGUGUUGCAGAGGUAGGAAUAUGGGCGAGAAGCAAUCUGGAUAACAUGAAAGUGAUGCUGGUGUCUAAGGGAAGGCGACUUGAUUCUGUGGGAAGGGCUAUACCUGAUCCAUCUAUUUUCUAGAUUUGAGUAUGAGCACAGUUGAAGAGGAUUCUGACACAGUAACAGUAGAAACUGUGAACUCUGUGACAUUGACUCAGGACACAGACGGGAACCUCAUUCUUCAUUGCCCUCAGAAUGAAGCUGAUGAAAUAGACUCAGAAGAUAGUACUGAACCUCCACAUAAAAGGCUUUGUCUGUCUUCUGAGGAUGAUCAGAGUAUUGAUGAUUCUACUCCUUGCAUAUCAGUUGUUGCACUUCCACUUUCAGAAAAUGAUCAGAGCUUUGAGGUGACCAUGACUGCAACCGCAGAGGUGGCAGAUGAUGAGAUUACUGAGGGAACUGUGACACAGAUCCAGAUUCUACAGAAUGAGCAACUAGAUGAAAUAUCUCCCUUGGGUAAUGAGGAAGUUUCAGCAGUUAGCCAAGCAUGGUUUACAACUAAAGAAGAUAAAGAUUCUCUGACUAACAAAGGACAUAAAUGGAAACAGGGGAUGUGGUCUAAGGAGGAAAUUGAUAUUUUGAUGAACAAUAUUGAACGCUAUCUAAAGGCACGCGGAAUAAAAGAUGCUACAGAAAUCAUCUUUGAGAUGUCAAAAGACGAAAGAAAAGAUUUCUACAGGACUAUAGCAUGGGGUCUGAACCGGCCUUUGUUUGCAGUUUAUAGAAGAGUGCUUCGCAUGUAUGAUGACAGAAACCAUGUGGGAAAAUAUACACCUGAAGAAAUUGAAAAGCUCAAGGAGCUCCGGAUAAAGCAUGGCAAUGACUGGGCAACAAUAGGGGCGGCGCUAGGAAGAAGCGCGUCUUCCGUCAAAGAUCGGUGCCGACUGAUGAAGGAUACUUGCAACACAGGGAAGUGGACAGAAGAAGAGGAAAAGAGACUUGCAGAGGUGGUUCAUGAAUUGACAAGCACUGAGCCUGGUGACAUAGUGACACAGGGCGUGUCUUGGGCAGCUGUGGCAGAACGAGUGGGGACCCGCUCAGAAAAGCAGUGUCGCUCUAAAUGGCUCAACUACCUGAACUGGAAACAAAGUGGAGGUACUGAAUGGACCAAGGAAGAUGAAAUCAAUCUCAUCCUCAGGAUAGCAGAGCUUGAUGUAGCUGAUGAAAAUGACAUAAACUGGGAUCUGUUAGCAGAGGGAUGGAGCAGUGUCCGUUCACCACAGUGGCUUCGAAGUAAAUGGUGGACCAUCAAAAGGCAAAUUGCAAAUCAUAAGGAUGUUUCGUUUCCUGUCUUAAUAAAAGGUCUUAAACAGUUACAUGAGAACCAAAAAAACAACCCAACGCUUUUGGAGAAUAAAUCAGGAUCUGGAGUUCCAAACAGUAAUUCCAAUUCCAGUGUACAGCAUGUCCAGAUCAGAGUCGCCCGCUUGGAAGACAGCACAGCCAUGUCUCCAAGCCCCGUGGCAGCCUUGCAGAUUCCGGUCCAGAUCACCCAUGUCUCUUCAGCGGAGUCCCCUGCCGCUACUGUUGACUCGGAAACAAUAACACUAAACAGUGGAACACUACAGACAUUUGAGAUUCUUCCAUCUUUCCAUUUACAGCCCACUGGCACUCCAGGCACAUACCUACUUCAAACAAGCUCAAGCCAAGGCCUUCCCCUAACUCUGACGGCUAGUCCCACAGUAACCCUGACAGCUGCUGCUCCUGCUUCUCCUGAACAGAUCAUUGUCCAUGCUCUAUCCCCAGAACAUUUGUUGAACACAAGUGACAAUGUCACAGUACAGUGUCACACACCAAGAGUCAUCAUCCAGACUGUUGCCACAGAGGACAUCACUUCUUCCAUGUCCCAAGCAGAACUGACUGUAGAUAGUGAUAUUCACUCAUCUGAUUUUCCUGAGCCUCCAGAUGCCCUAGAAGCAGACACUUUCCCUGAUGAAAUUCAUCAGCCUAAGAUAACUGUAGAGCCAUCAUUUAAUGAUGCUCAUGUAUCCAAAUUCAGUAACCAAAAUAGCACAGAACUGAUGGAUAGUGUUAUGGUCAGAACAGAAGAAAUCUCUGACACCGACCUUAAACAAGAGGAGUCGUCUUCUCCUUUAGCCCGUGCUUACGUUACUGAGGACCUCGAGUCUCCUACCAUAGAAGAACAAGUUGAUCAGACAACCAUUGACGAUGAAACAAUACUUAUUGUUCCUUCACCACAUGGCUUUAUCCAGGCAUCUGACGUUAUCGAUACCGAAUCAGUCUUGCCUUUGACGACGCUAACAGAUCCAAUACUCCAACAUCAUCGAGAAGAAUCAAAUAUCAUUGGAUCAUCUUUGGGCAGUCCUGUUUCAGAAGACUCAAAGGAUGUUGAAGAUUUGGUCAACUGUCAUUAGGUAAUUCUUAAAAGACAGGUACCUCAGGCAAAGAAGCCACACUGUUAAUUACAUCUCCAAAGAAAUAGGAGCAACUCCCAAGAGGCUGAAUUUACCAUUCCUAUGGCUUUUAAAUAGCUACAGUGCUGAAGCCACAUACAGUGUUGCUGCUAUGACUUUUUACCUCCUUUAAAUGGAUCAUCUGAGGUCUAGUCUUAUGACAGUGUGACGGUGACUCGAGUAUGGAGGACUUAACUGCAUAGAUCCCUGUGAUUAGUGUUAAUUGACAGCAGGGAAUUUCAUUCAGCUACUGAAAAAAAGUUUACAAUCACCAAAGCUUAACUACUCUGUUUUAAAAGCAGUGAUAUUCAUCUCUGAAGAUCAGACAUGGCUCUAUCCAUUCUCAAGCAGGCCUUUUCAUAUUUCAGAGAAGUCCUGUCAACAUGGUGUGGAGCUUAUCAGCGACCCUCAAAAAUGUUAAGUAUCCUUAGUCUGAAAGUUAACCAGCAUACACACACACACACAGAGACCUAAGAGACGAUUGUGUGGCGGUUGCUUUUGGUUUACCCAUUGCUGGCAGUGGGAGCUGAUUUAGGCUGGGUACACAGAAAAGCAUUAAAAGAAUUAAAAUUCACUACAGGUUUUUUACUACUUUUAAAGGGAAUAUGGAAGAGAGUAGCAACACAGCUCACCAGAAGCUAAGCAGACUUUUCACCCCUUCGGAACCCCCCGUUGUUGGUUUACAAAGUUAGCACUUUGAAGUAAAAUUAAACUAAAUGACAAAGGAAGGAAAGUUGCCUACCCCAUACCAGGCGUGUUUCUUACACGUUUUGCUAUACAGAUGACCCAGGAAAUAGUUGAGGAAGGUACUGCAGUCUGCCCUUCACUUUAGUGCAUUAGCUGGUGGGGUGCCACUUAACUUCUCCCUCUCAGGCAGUUUAAAAACACAAAAUUUGCUUCUGUUAGCAAAGGAAAGAAAUCAAGAGUCAUUCCUGUAUUAGAGAAGGUUAAACCAAAAUUAGCCUCUAGGAUUUUAAUGAACAUGACCCCAAUAGAAAAGCCACACACACACACACACAAAAACAAACAAAAAAAAAAACUUGUAUAAAUUAUUUUAUUUAUUACUGUAAUUAGAUCUUCACAAUCAAAGUUGUCUUUUCACCGUCUGUGUUUUGUUAAUGUGAAAUUUAAUUGUAGUUAUAAGCAAAAGUUGGUUGCCUAGGGAACAAUUGUAUAUUCAGUUUAACAGAAAUAAAAGAAUAUUUGUCUUAAAAUGCAA